AUGAAGUUUCAUCGGGAAGCUCUUUCCGUCGUCUGGGCGAGCUCGUUGGUGACAACGUUGCCGAGUGUGAUUGUCCCGGCACAGGCUUGGAUCCCCCACGCACAACGAGUGUCGAGACCUAUUGCGAGAGGAGUGUUGUCCGUCUCCUCUGGUACUAGCCGAGCUUAUUCCUGGUUGACAGCCACUGUUUUGGCGGACGACAACGUCUCUUCCUCGUCCAACGCCGAUGGUCGAAGCGGCACCACUCAGCCGGCACUUGGUCACGAAAUUGCGCAAGGCACCAUCGUCUCCGCUUUUCCGGGAGGUUUAACUGCUGUACACAUUGACGAUUCCUGGACUUCAACCGACGAGGCUGACGCCGUUCCCAGUAGUGUGGAGGCCGUGUCCGUCGCGACGCCCAAGGUAUCCAAACCGGUCACCGUUACGGCUGCUGGCGAUUUGCUGGGCAUGCACGUAGGCUUCCCCAAUGGUUCCGUCGGGGUGGUCGUUGCGCAUCGACCGCCAGUCGUUUUCGUCUACAACGAUGACGAUUUAGCUUCGAAAGAUGGACCCGUCAAGGUGUUUGAUAGCAGAGCCACCGUGACGCUUUCGGAACAAGCCAAAGUGGUCGACGUGUUUGGGCGUUACGCUGUAAAAGGAGAGGAAAGCAUCAGUAACGACCAAAAACUGGAGAAAGGCGCGAAAGAGCGGGUCAUGUUUGCUCCGAUUCCACAAGUCAAGGAUAUUGCACUCAUUAACACUCCCAUGCUGACGGGAAUUACCAUGGUCGACGCGUUGGCACCAAUUGGUCGCGGACAAAAUAUGCUCGUUAUUGGACACGACGUGCACGAUAUGCGUGGCUUGGCUACGGACUUUUUGCAAACGCAAUUGCGGGACAACGCCGGUGUCCAGUGCGUCUACGCGGCUAUUCAGGAUCCCAAGGAUGUCCAGCAGCGACUUCAAAGGGCGGGAUUGGAUGAUCAGGUGCACGUCGUGAUACCAACACUACGUGCCAAAGGCAAGGAUCCAGCGUCCAAGGCUGCCGAAGCUGUGGCCAUGGCAGGGACCGCCUGCGCAAUUGCCGAAAGUUACGCUCUGGACCAAGGCAAGCACGCCGUGGUUGUCAUCGACACCAUUGAUUUGCACAAGACGCUGUGGGACGCCACGACGAGGGUUCUGGUUGAUGUGUUUGGUGUCGACGCGGUGGUGGAAGGCGAUCGCAACGGUGCGGCUUCGUCCGAGAUGCGGGCCUUUUAUUCGUCUCUUAUCCAGCGUGCGGGGCAGUACAACCAACGGAGGGGCGGUGGCAGCGUCACGCUAGUGCUCCUGACGAGCAUACCCCCUGCGAAUGCCGACGAGACGACCGUCUUCGAGGAAACUGAAUUCGCCAGUUCGAACGACAAGGUGAAAACCCGGAUCCAGAUGCUCGUGAGCAAAAAAAUUCCGCUCACUGUUGCCAAUCUGCAAAAGAUCGGAAUUCCCAUCCCUUCAGCGUCGGAAGGUCAACGGCGACUGGUGCUCCAGCAUGUGGAUGAUUUGAUCAGCAUGUCGGAUGGUCAAAUUUGGUUUGACGAACGUUUACAGGCCGCGGGACAGUCUCCCCCCAUGGAUCCUCAACGCAGCGUUACGCGCAUCGGGAUUGGUGCCGAUACACCGUCCCGGGCUGACGCCCCCGCACUCCGACGAAUCGUGGAGAGGUUGCGUUUAGAUUUAUCCCAGGCAGCGUCCAUGGACGGAGCCGAUGUGACCAGCAAAGCGAGUCAAUCGCAAAUACGCAAGCAGCAGGCUUUGUUGUUGGCUAUGUACCAGCCGGCGGGGGCUGGCGGCCGGCGUUUGAGUGAAUCCUGUACGGCCGUCUUGGCGGCGUCGGAAGGAUAUUUGGACCAGGCGGUGGACCAUGGAGCCCUCGCGGGUACCCAGCAAGGAAGGGAUGUCGUGCAGGCUCUGUUGGAACACGUUAACGCGGUAUCACCCGCAACGAUGCGCGAAAUUGAUUCUAGUCUCGAUAUCAAUACCGAAACGCGGCGCGAUUUGACGGACGCGAUUGCGUCCCAUUUCUAG